CCCGUUCACUCCUCGAGUGUGCAGAAAUCCUACUAAACUAAAGCCACUACACCGACUUGCUAAUAAUAGGUGUGCAUACGUGAAUAAGCAAGAAAAAUGCAAAAACCCGAGGAACAGGAAAAAUCCUACCAACAGAUGGUCAAAGACAUGCGGAAAGUGUUUCUGUCUGGAAAAACGAGGGAUAUGCAAUUCAGGAAAAGUCAAUUGCAACGACUCCUCGCCCUUGUCGAAGAAAAUUAUGACUCGUUGUACGAUGCCCUGUUUAAAGAUAUGCGGAAACCGUUGCACGAAGCCAUGCUGACGGAGCUCAUGUUUCUCAAAAGGGAUAUAAGACACACGGCAUGGAAUCUUAAAAAGUGGAGUCGACCCACAAAAGUCCCCAUGCACCUUACCACAGGCCCCGCGGAUUCAUUCAGCGUUAAUCAUGAUCCUCAUGGAGUGGUUCUUAUAAUUGCACCGUGGAACUACGUGCAUCUCGUUUUGUCUCCGCUUGUUGGAGCUAUUGCAGCAGGAAAUUGCGCAAUUCUCAAGCCCUCUGAGGUCAGCGUCAAUUGUGAAGCCGUUGUGGCAGAGCUGAUUCCGAAAUAUCUGGAUAAUGAUUGUUACAAGGUUGUAACAGGAGGACCGAGUGAGAUAACUGCACUGCUGAAGGAAAAGUUUGACUAUAUCUUCUACACUGGCUCCUUUCCCAUUGCGCAAAUUAUUCAUGCAGCUGCAAACAAGUACCUCACUCCAGUGACGUUGGAGCUGGGUGGAAAGUGUCCCGUCUAUGUGGAUGAUUCCGUCAACUACCACAUGACAGCACAACGGAUUCUGUGGGGAAAGUUUACCAACCUGGGUCAGACCUGCGUGGCUCCAGAUUACAUUAUGUGCAAUGAACAAGUGCAAACCAAGCUUGUUGAAGAGUUCAAAAAAGUACUGCUAGAGUUUUACGGAGAAAACAUGCAGGAGAAUACUGAUCUCGCCAGAAUUAUCAACGCUCGCCAUUGGAACCGUCUCAAAAUGUUGUUGAAGCGAUCGAAAGGAGAUGUUGUGAUUGGGGGCGACUUGGACGAGUAUGACUUAUGGAUUAGUCCCACUGUUAUUGUAAAUGUGGAAGAGACGGACUCGUUAAUGGAGGGAGAGUUGUUCGGCCCGUUGUUACCAAUUCUAAAUGUCAACUCCGCUGAUGAAGCUAUCGCAUUUAUCAACAAGCGAGACACUCCUCUCGCACUGUACUUGUACACAAGGAAAAGCGAUACUGUGAAAAAAUUUAAGAAUCUAACACAGAGCGGUGCUCUCGACAUCAAUGAUUGCAUUUAUCAUUGCUCAGUCUUUGAGAUACCGUUUGGAGGAAAAGGAGAAAGUGGAAUGGGACGAUAUCAUGGGAAAUGGAGCUACGAUACGUUCUCCUACGAUCGUGCAAUCUUGCACAGAAUGUUCGACCCAAUCGGAAAUAUUCAUUCAAUGACUCCGAGAUACCCGCCAUACACGCAAUUCAAGUACAAGCUUUUGUACAACGCUCUGAAGCACUUUGACCACCUGUACGUGGACCCCUUUAAAGCCGUCCCCUACUUUGUGGUAUUCCUGGCUGGAGCGAUUCUUGCAUUUUGUAUCAUGCACUUCAAACUCUACGAAUACUUGGGCUUGUAACUCCCAAGAGUGGGGAAAGUAAAUAACAAUCUAAUAGUGGUGUUAUCUAAUGAUGAAUUUGUUUAAUUUGAUCUCAUGUUUUUUCGAGUUGUACACAUAAAUUGUAAAUAUUGUCAUAAACUGUUAUAAUUAUUAUAAAAGUUACAAUACAUGUACCGACAUCACUUAAUGCUUGGCAUUCAUUCGUUGUUAGUCAACGGAAUAAAUUUCUUCUGCUUUAUACGUAAAAUACGUAAAAAUGGAUUAUAAAGUACUAAAAGUA